AUGGAGCAAGAGCUCCUCACUCUCCUUGCAGACACCCAGUCGCCGGCCGCUGAUACCAGAAAGGCCGCCGAGCUUCACCUCCUGCGCCUCUACUCCAACGAGAACUUCCCUCUCUCCCUCGCCGCCAUUGCUUCUCAUGACUCCGUCCCGACCAAUCUCCGCCAGUCCGCCCUCUCUGUCCUACGUACCUUCAUCGCCACCGCUUGGUCCCCGCAGCUAGAUGAGUUCAAGGGCCAGAUCCUUAUCAGUGACGCCAACAAGACCAGCAUCCGUCAGGCCCUGCUCCAGCUCGCCACUACCGCCGAAAUCCCAGAGCGCAAGGUCAAGUCCUCUGCCAGUUUUGCCGUCAGCAAGGUUGCCAGCGCCGACUUCCCUGAAAGCUGGCCGGAGCUCCUCCCCACGCUGCUUCACAUCAUCAAUGACUCCGCCAGCUCAGCCAGCGCCGUCCAUGGCGCAUUGAAGGUUCUCCUGGAUCUGGUCGAUACUGGCUUCAAUGAGGAUCAGUUCUUCAAGGUUGCCCGCGAUCUCGUCGCUACCCUCUUUACCGUGGCCACUAGCGAAUCCAGAAAACCCAUGCUGAGGGCCUUGGCCGUUUCCGUGUUUCGAUCAUGCUUUGAUACCCUGGAGAUGGUGCUGGAGCAACAUAAAGUGGCCGUCAAAGAGUUUAUGGAUGAGGUGCUCGGGGCCUGGUCUCCAUUUUUCAUCGCGACUCUAGAGGCGCCUUUGCCCCAAGCUCCCAGUGAAGCAGAGGAAUCCAAGGAGAGUGAAAUCCCCUCCCAAUGGCGUGGAGUUAUUGGGUUGAAGUUGCAGGUGGUCAAGACCCUUAUGAAGAUUCGAAUGGUUUUCCCCGGCCUUUUGACUGCUCAAAGCCCCGCUUACUUCACCUCCAUCUGGACCGAACUCUCCAACAUCCAGCAUGCUUACCAUGAAUUCUACAUCCAUGACGAAAGACAAGGCCGUAUGGAGGAUGUUGACGGACUUCCUUACACUCUCGACUUUUUGGUUUUGGAGGAGUUGGACUUGAUACAGGCUCUCCUGAAAGCCCCCCCUGUCAAGGCCGAGCUCCAGCAACAGCUGCAGAAUGCCGGACCGGCUGCUACAACCUCCAGCUGGCUGCCCGAAAUCAUGAAGCUCGCUGGCUCCUACUCUCAGAUUACCACAGAUGAAGAAGGCUUGUGGGAUAUCGAUGUCAACCUGUUCCUCUCGGAGGAAACUUCGGUCACGGCCAACUAUACCCCGCGAACAUGCAGCGGAGACUUGGUGAUCAAAACGGGCGAGUGGCUUAAGAAGACAGCGGUGGAAGCCCUGCUUGCCUACAUGAAUACCCUUUUUUCUGAUGCUUCUUCUUCAUGGAAAUCUCGCGAAGCUGCCAUGUACGUUCUUAACCAGCUUUUCCGCGAUUUUAGCGAAGUCGCUCAGCAAAUCUCGCCCGAUCUGGCCAAUGGCUUCAACAACUUUAUUCAGUUCUCCAUCCAGCAGGAGCAUGAAUUCUUGCGGGCCCGUGGUUACCUUGUGGCAUCCAUUUUGGCUCAGGUCACUGGGGACGCCUUUAACCCCACUUCUAUCUCUUACCUUCAAGCUACUCUCAAGGCAAUUGCUGAGGAUCCCUCUGAAGUGGUCAAGGUGUCUUGCAUUCGAGCUUUGCAAGAUUUCCUUCCGUCGCUGCCCCCCAGUGUCACCGUUCCUCUCCAAGAACCCAUCAUUUCGGCCAUAACCGAGUUUGUCGCCUCGCACGACAUCAGUGAACAAUCCGAAAGUGAUGACCUCAAGGUCACUUUGGCGGAGACGCUCCGUGAUACCAUCAUGGUCAACCCCAACGUAGUUUUGUCGUCGAUGGCCAUCGAUGUACUAUUCAACAUUGCCAGCAAUGGAGCUACUAAUUUCCAGUUGACUAUGAUCGUCACGGAGGCGUUCGAGGAUAUUGUGGAUCAAAUCGCCGAUCAGGGCCCCGAUGCCUUUGUCAAGGUCUGUGAAAAGGUGUUGCCUUCUCUGAUGGGAGCCAUCGACGUCGGAAAUAUGUUACAGGAGAACUCUCUGACUAUUUUUGCGGCGGAUCUUCUCCGUGCUCUCGCGGAACGGGGUCUCGAUCCUUUGCCCACUGGUUUUGUCGAAACUGUCAUGCCCAAGCUGAACCGACUUUUGCUGGAAUCGACUGACGGUGAGUUGAUUCGUCCAGCCACGGAAGCCGUCCGACACAUUCUCUCGCAUGACUUCAAUCAGUUUGUGGCCUGGCGGGAUCCGCAGAGUGGAAAGGAAGCGAUCGAGGUCGCUCUAGUGAUUAUCGAUCGAUUGUUGGGACCAUCGGUCGACGACAACGCAGCCACUGAGGUUGGACAACUAGCUGCGGAGCUAGUGGAGAAGGCCGGAUCGGAGAGGCUUGGACCCUAUCUGCCCCAACUUCUGCGUGCUGUGGCCCAGCGAUUGGGCAGCGCCCAACAAGCGCAGUUUAUCCAGAGUUUGAUUCUCGUCUUUGCGCGACUCACUCUCAUCAGCCCGCGUGAGGUGGUAGAUUUCCUGGUACAGGUCGACAUUGGUGGACAGAGUGGACUGCCAGUAGUGAUGAGCAAAUGGCUCGAGAACUCUGUCAACUUUGCCGGAUAUGACGAGAUCAAGCAGAACAUCAUUGCCCUCGCCAAGCUUUACCAGCUUGAAGAUCCCCGCCUGGCUCAGGUGCAGGUCAAGGGCGAUCUCAUCAUUCACGACACCGGUCGCAUCAAGACGCGGUCGCAAGCUCGUGCAAACCCAGACCAGUACACGACGGUGUCGGCCCCAUUGAAGAUCGUCAAGGUACUGGUUGAGGAGCUGGCUGCCGCCUCGGGGAGCAAGGAGAUUGAUGCGGCCACAGCCGCGGCUCUGGAGGAAGAAGAUAGCGACGACGAUGACUGGGAGGAUCUUCCUAGCAACACACUAGACCUGAGCCUGGGUGUGACGAAGCAGGAACUCAUGGCAUUUGGCGAAGGAGGCACAGAGGGGGUGUUUGGAGUGCGUAAGCGCGACGAUGAAACACAGGGCUUUCUUGAGGAAUUUUUCCGGCACGCAUCGACCAAGCCCGAAUUCCAGGAACUUUUUGCAGCCCUGACUCCGGACGAACAAGAGAAGCUUCGGAGUUUGGGAUGA